AUGGCGGGCGGUGCCAAAAAGCCGGUCAACGUCUUCCGCUUGAAGAACUUGGGUGAUCCCAAGGAAGUCUUCAACUGGAAGCUCUGGUUUGCUGUCAUCUCCUUCGGUUUGAUGGGUGCGGCACGAGGUGUUGACGAGGGCCUCAUCUCCGGCGCAUUCAAUUCCAAGGACUUCCAGCGGUACAUCCACUACGAAUCCUAUAGUGAAGUCGAGCAGACCAACAUCAAAGCCAAUGUCUCAGCAAUGGUCCAAAUUGGAUCUGUUGGUGGUGCCCUCUUUGCCUUUUUAGUCUGUGAUCGCAUCGGUCGUAUUUGGGCAACUCGUCAGCUAUGUCUCCUCUGGAUCCUUGGUAUCGCUAUUUUCAUGGGAAACAAUGGCCACCUUGGCGCAGUCUACGCUGGUCGCUUCAUCGCAGGCCUCGGUGUUGGACAAACCGUCGUGGUAGCCCCGGUUUACCUAGCGGAGAUUGCUCCUGCCUCCAUUCGAGGUCUUUGUACCUGUGUCUUCACGGGCUUUGUUUAUCUGGCCCAUGUCUGGCUCGCAGGAAUUGUACUAGCUUACUUUGCCAAUUAUGGAUGCGAAGUCAAUUUGGGUGAUAACACGCACAAUCGUUGGGAGGUCCCCACGAGCCUCCAUGUCAUCUUUGCUGGGUUGAUCUUUCUCCUCUCCUUUUUACAAUAUGAGUCUCCUCGAUAUUUGGUCAAGAAGGGCCAGCUGGACAAGGCACUCGCAAAUUUAGCCCGUGUCCGAAACCUAGCUCCCGAACAUGAAUAUGUAGUCCGCGAGAUCACCGCCAUCCGAAAUGCGCAUCAGUUAGAGAUGGAGGCCACGAUGGGCUCUGGACCCUUGGGAAUCAUUAAAGAAACUUUCUUGGUUCCCUCGAACCUCUACCGGAUCUAUCUUGCUUUGAUGGCCCAGAUUCUGUCUCAGUGGUCGGGUGCGGGAUCUAUCACUGUUUACGCGACGGAUCUGUUCAAAUUGCUGGGCAUUACUGGCAACAACGAGAACCUUUUGGUGACCGCCAUCUUCGGAAUUGUCAAGCUUGUCGCUGCCGUUCUAUGUGCCCUUUUUCUAGUUGAUGUUAUCGGACGCAAGCGUGCCCUACUUUUGGGGAUCUCCUUGCAGGCCAUCGCAAUGAUCUACGUGGCAAGCUUCCUAUCUGCAUUUCCUAAAAUGGGGGAUGAUGGAUACGUGCUUCCAGAGAGUAAGAAGGGAGCCAGUGAGGGUGCAAUUGCGAUGAUUUAUAUCUCCGGAUUCGGGUGGGCUCUUGGUUGGAACUCAAUGCAAUACCUGUUGACGGCUGAACUGUUCCCCUUGAGGAUCCGUGCUCUGGCAACAUCCCUCGCCAUGACCCUGCAUUUUGCCAACCAGUAUGGCAAUUCUCGUGCAGUGCCCAACAUGCUGCUUGAAACUUCUAGUGGUGGUAUUAGUCCCCAGGGUACCUUCUGGUUCUUCGCGGCUGUGACCAUUAUUGGUGGCGUGUGGGUGUGGUUCAGUGUGCCAGAGACUGCUGGUCGGACUCUCGAGAGCAUGGAUCGACUUUUUGAGCUGCCUUGGUAUCGUAUUGGCCGAUAUGGUAACAAGGAUGCAGAAGAACGUGAUCAGGUGGUGGAUGAGAAAAUGGAAAUGAUGGCUUCCCAACAAGGCAUGGCUCAGCAUGUCGAGCGGCAAGUGUAA